CGACCUACCGAACUGAAACAGCCUCUUCUUUCAUACGUCCAGAGUUCACACCCCAGUUUCUGUCCCCAUUGACGACCACGCCUAUUCCGAAAUGGGAUACAAGUGGCAGUUCCAAGAUGAAUUCGGCAACUGGAUCGAGUAUGGAAAAAUCAGCUCAGCCAAGAGCUCGCCUUGUGUAGUGACUACCUCUUCAGAAGAUAUAGAGCGACAGUAUGAUGAAAAUCCGAGAAGGUUAAUCAUUCUAAAGAGUGACUAUUGGACGUAUGAACUUAAUUUCAACACGAUGAAACAGACCAACAUGACAACCAAAGUCACCAGGGACGUCCGACGAGUUGCAGAUGAUCUCUGGAGCGCCAUGGACCAUGUUUCACCAUGGCAAUAUGAAUACACCAAUGUUCGAGCUCUCCUCAAACUAGACAAAGAGCCUAAGUUCAUCUUUAAAAUCAUCAACACUAAGCGAGAAGCUGUUUUUGACGCGAGGAUGGCUCAACUCCAGAGAUAUCAACCAUUUGUUAAGUACGAGAUAAAAGAACUCUUCCAUGGUACGAGCUCCAGCAACGCCAUAUCCAUAGCCCACGAAAACAUCGACUUUGCACGGCAUGGACCCAAUUAUAUAUACGGAAAUGGAGCUUAUUUCACGAACAAUAUAAAAAUGGCUGAUCACUAUGGCGAUGCAAUUUUCAUUUGCAAGGUUCUCGUUGGACGCGUCACCAGGGGCAGCUCAAAUGUUAGCCAGGCUUCAAAAGACAA